UGCUCUUGACCAGGAAUCAAACCUGAGCUCCCCCCUCCCCUUGUGCAGGCGAGGCUUUAACCACUGAGCCACACCCACCAGGACAGGUGCAUAAUGCUAUUUUAAUUACUUUCUUUGGUGUGAAAAAAAUGGACUGUAAUAGUCGGGAUACAAGUACACAGUAUUUGAACAAAUAGAAGAGUUGGUAUGAAAUAAUUUGAAGUAGCUCAUCACUUAUUGCAUCAAAUGCUUCUUUAAUGCCUGAUUUAUACAUGGCCUCUCUUCUAUACCAUGUGAGUUUUAUAGAAAGAUACAGAUAUUACUUAAGAAUGACCUGCUCUUGAUAUCUAAAAACCUAUAAUAUGAUCUUUAUGGAAUUUUCAGCCAUAACUGUCAGAAAAUGGGUUGCAUAGGUGACAGAUGAGCCCUGAUAAUUUUUGUAAUGCAUUGAACAAAACUGUUUUGCCAAUUAUUGUAUGUGUACAUUAUUUAAAAUUUAUGAAGUAAAUCUUAAUAUGCUUGAAAAACAUUUUCCCCCGAUUCUACCUUGGACUAGGUAAUGAAAAAUUUUCUUUUCUCCAGCAAUAUGGAAAAGUAUGUCACCUGUUUCCUGGUUAAUGAAGUAAAUUCUGUUAAGAUUAGUGCCAAAUAUGUUAGAUGACCAACCAGCUAUUUGGUGAUUUGUUCUGUGGCUUCCAGACCUUCAUGUUCUCAGCCCAAGGGGCCCAGUAUAGCUGAGCAGAGGGAGUGAAAGGAUGUCAGGUGGUGUGUCAUCAUGCCAGUCAGUUAAAAAUAACUAUGUUAUUAGGUUUGUAUAUUUGAAGACUAUAAUAACUGAAACUAGGAAGUAUUCGAGUAAAUUGCUUCACAAGUGGUUAACUAGAAAAUACGUUCUUUGUUACUUAUAUAUCACUAGAGGCCCAGUGCCUGAAAUUCAUGCACAGGUAGGGUCCCUGCCGGCUGCCGGCUGCCAGUCCGGGCUUCCCGUCCCUGGCUGCCGGCUGCUGGUGAUCGUACUCCUGGUAGGUUGAACUCCCGAGGGGACACUGCAUAUUAGGCUUUUACAGAUAUAGAUAAUACCCCAAAUGAGCCUCUAACCAUUACUUAAUUCUUACAAUCCUAUAUGUAAAAGGGACAGUUUAUAUCUACUUGUGGUUUUUAAUAUAAAAAUUUUUAUGAAAGUACAUAAAAAAUUUCAGAUUUCUUGUUUCUUAUUUUGAAGGCUCAAAAUUAAUAUAUAAGUAUUAUGUUUAUCUUAUGUUUAGGAUUUUAUGAAAAUGGAAAAUUAUGAGGCAUUUGUAGGCUUUGAUCUCUGUCAGAUGCCACUUUCCAGUGUUGCUCAGAAGAUUAUGUCUGCUAUGCAUUCAGGUGAUUUAGUGGAGUCUAAGAAUUGGAGAGAGAGUGAAAAGACUGCAGAAGUGGUAAACAAACCCAGUGUUAUGUAUUCAGUACUACCUGAAGAUGGGAAGAAUCAAACACUGGAAAAAAUGGAUCUUCAUUCUUUCACAAGCCAGACAUCAAGUGCUUCCCUCAGACUCUCUCAGUCCUCCAGUAUCAGACUCACAGAUCAGCUGUUUACUGAGCAAAGACAGAACAUCAGCUCAUGGGCUCCUUCCAGCUGUCCAACUCCACAGUGUAACCAAGCGGCUUCAGUUCUACAGGAGAAGGAACAUAAAAGAAAACACUUCCUAAAACAAUAUCUAAAUAAUGAAAAUAAAGAAAACAUGAAUCUUAAAAGAAAACAUAUUACAUGUCAUAAUUCACCGGAGAAAAUGAGUAAACAUACAGCAUUGAAAGAAGAUGCUGAGGAGGUAGAAGCCGCCCUGAAUUCCGGGAACUCGGGGGCGUUCAGAAACCAGUUCUGUGACAUCAGGCAUUUGGAUGAUUUGGAGAAAAGCCAGCUGAUCGAAAUGCUCAGACAGGCAGUAUCCCUGGUGGUAACUCUGAUGUACAAGGAUGGUUCAACCCAACUAAGAGCUGACCAGGCUCUAGUUUCCUCUGUGAAAGGAAUUGUGAUGUUGCUACAGAGCCACACAGAAGGCUGUGGUCCUCCGGCUGCCUCAGCCCCUGGCCGUGUUCUGGAGGCAGGAGUCAGACCCAGCGAUUGGUGCAUCUACAUAGAAACGGUGCAGUCUGCUGUUUGGAGCCAAGAACAAGAAGCACAUAAUCAAUUUGCCAGGAACGUGCUGUUUCAGAUCCUGAAAUGUACCUGCCCUGUGAUUUGUUUCAAUGCUAAGGAUUUUGUGAGGACCGUGCUGCAGUAUCUGGGUGAUGAUGGCAGCUGGAAGCACGUGGCUGGCUUUGUCGGGCUGGACCCUAGGGUUGCCGCUUGGCUUAUAGAUCCUCGUGAGGCCGCACCCUCUUUUGAGGAUUUAGUGGCGAAAUCCUUCGGAAACGCCGUCGCGGUGAAAGUGAGCAGCACGUACGGGAAUUCCUCAAGAAAUACUGUGAAUCAGAAUGUAUGUGCGAACCUGAGGGUCCUCCACAGGCUUACGAUGGACCUCUGUUCUCAGCUGAAGGCUUACGGUUUAUGGCAGCUGUUUUGUACCUUGGAGCUUCCUCUGAUACCCAUUUUGGCAGUGAUGGAAAGCCACAGCAUUCGGGUGAACAAGGAAGCCUUGGAGAGGACCUCCGCGAUCCUCGGGUCUCGUCUCAAGGAACUGGAGCAAGAAGCCCACUUUGUGGCAGGAGAGCAGUUCCUCAUAACCAGCAGCGCUCAGCUUCGAGAGAUCCUCUUUGGCAAGCUGAAGCUGCACCUGCUGAGCCCCACGGAGAUGCUUCCCAAGACGGGGCUGCGGGGCCACCUGUCCACAUCCGAAGCCGUGUUAACUGCUCUGCAAGCCCUCCAUCCAUUACCCAAGAUCAUUUUGGAAUACAGGCAGGUUCACAAGAUCAAGUCAACUUUUGUGGACGGGCUGCUCGCCUGCGUGAAAGAGGGCGCCAUCUCCUCCACGUGGAACCAGACGGGGACAGUGACCGGAAGGCUCUCCGCCAAGCACCCGAAUAUCCAAGGCAUCUCCAAAAACCCAGUUCAGAUUACUAAGCCUCGGAAUUAUAAAGGGAAGGAAGAGGCCACCCUCACCAUCUCCCCGAGGACCAUGCUCGUCUCCGCCAGGGGCCACACCUUCCUGGCGGCAGACUUUGCGCAGAUUGAGUUGCGCAUUCUAGCACACUUAUCUGGGGACCCAGAGCUUCUGAAGCUAUUCCAGGAACCUGAGAGCGACGAUGUCUUUUCCACCCUGACUUCACAGUGGAAGGACAUCCCCGCAGAUCGUGUGACGCACACAGACAGGGAGCAGACCAAGAGGGUGGUGUACGCCGUGGUGUACGGAGCAGGGAAGGAGCGGCUUGCUGCCUGCCUUGGAGUUCCUGUUCCAGAAGCCUCCCGGUUUUUGGAAAGUUUCUUGCAGAAGUAUCAGAAAAUCAAGGACUUUGCCCAAGCAACCAUUGCCCGGUGUCACCAGACAGGCUACGUGGCGUCCAUCAUGGGCAGGAGGAGGCCACUGCCAAGGAUCCACGCGCGGAACCAGCAGCUCCGGGCACAGGCAGAGCGGCAGGCGGUGAACUUCGUGGUGCAAGGCUCGGCCGCAGACCUCUGCAAGAUGGCCAUGAUCCACGUCUUCGCAGCAGUGGCCGCGUCCCCCACCCUGACGGCCAGGCUGGUUGCCCAGAUCCACGAUGAGCUGCUGUUUGAGGUGGAAGAUGCGCAGGUGCCCGAGUUUGCAGCUCUGGUCCAGGGAGCCAUGGAGGCCUUGCAGCACGUGAGGGCGCUGGAACUGCAGCUGCAGGUGCCCCUGAAGGUGAGCCUGAGCACUGGCCGCUCCUGGGGACACCUGGUGCCACUGCAGGAGGCCCUGCCUCGGCCACGCCCCCGUCCUGCCACAUCUCCACGCAACCGCCUGGCCAGACCGCACCUGCCGUCUUCCCCUGCAUUUCAUCCGUAGCCCCGGCGACAGCGGGGGCAGAAUUGGCUCCCCAGCCCCUGGGUGGCCUCCCCGAGGCCAGGGCUGGUGUCUGUGCUGG